GCCAGGACUACUUGGUCUGCUAUUCGGGAUCGAGCGCUCCUCCUACCGGUUCGCCGACGCUCCAGGGGAAAGGCGAACUUUAGCCGGAGUAGCGCAGUGCUUCCGGCGGCUCAGGUCACUGGAUUUGGGCAUGAAUCCCCAGCAGGAAGAUCCAAGAGAGAAUCCAGAGAAGCUAAAGUUGACCAAAGUGUUGACUGAGGCAGUGAAGUGUGCACAAGCUCUCAAGACUGAUGAAUUGAUUGCUGACACCAGAGUUAAGGAAGCUUUUGCAGAGCUGGUGAAUGAAGUGUACCCGCGUCUACCUGAGAGCCUACAGGAUCAACUGCUUGUUGACUUCAAACUCAACAUCCUCCGUCGAGCGCAAGAGAAAAAUACUCCGGCUGAGUUGAUGGAUGGUGAGCAGAAGAAGAACUUCCUCAGGAAAAAAGGAGCUCGUACCAAUACCUUGUGGAUUAUAGAAAAGCUAGUCCUGUUAGUCGGCGUAUGCUGCUUCAUGUACCUCAUGAGCUUCUAUGUCACUGGGGGGAAAUGAAUAUUUGCACAUGGGGAUUCAGUUGCUUUGGACAAGGACAACAACAAUCUUUCAGGGCAGCACAAGUAUGGGCUCUGCUCUGGUGGCAUGUAGAAUUCGCAUGGCUGGAGAGGUAGUGAUGUAGAUGUGUCUAUCUCGUGCGUCAACUUUGAAGUGAACCUCUAGAAAUAUAUGGCAGUGUGGCGUCGUCUUGUUAUUUUUUCAUGUUGCAAGAUCAAGUCUUGAACUAAUGGUUCUGUUGCUGAAUCUUUCAGCUGAUCUCUUAAUCAGUUAAGCUCCAAGGUGGUUUGAGAUAUUUUGACA